AGUCAUGGACAAGGCUCUGUGAGCAGAUCAGUCUCUUCUACAUCAUCAGGAUGUUGUGUGGUCACACAAAGAACUGAGGCCCAGGGUGCUGGUUGGCCCCUGAGGACGAAGACCAGGAAGCCAGGCCCCCAGACAGUCCUCAGGGAUGUUCUCUAGGGGCCACGAGAGGGGCCUCAGUGGACCAGAUGAAUCCAGCGAUGUAGAGGCACCUCAGAGUCCACACAAGUGGUCCAAGAGGAGGGAGCUGGGGGGUAAGAAGAGCACUCAGAGCCCCAAGGUGGGCCGGAGCCUGCGGAGGAAGUUCCAGAAGUUCCAGCAGGGCCCGGCAGGGCCGGGGGAGCCCUCCAUCCACCAGCCCCAGGAUCUGCUCUCCCCUGUGGAACAGGACAUGUUUAUAUGCGGCCUGAAGAGAGACCCCUCCAGUGGGGAGUUCACUGGACUCCACUCCUCCCUGCCCAGUGGCCGAAGUCACACAGGGACUCUAAACCUACCUGUGGCUGGGGAUAUGGCGCUGAACAGAGAGUGCUUCAUCAACGCCCCCGGUACUGUAAGUACCAACGGCCCGACCGCAAGCCUACCCACCUCUCCCUCUGGAGAGAACAGCAGCGCUGAAUGUCAGGAUGGGAUUGGGGUUGUGGAGGACACACACAGACCUUCUCCUAGUGAAGGGGAAGAAGAGGAGGAAGAUGAGGGAGAGAAAUGCUCCAGUGACAUCGUCGAACACAUCUUGAAAGAGCUGAGAGGUAUCAACAAGAUUCAGGAGGAGAUCGCAGACCUGCGGCAGUACCUGACCUCUGUGAGAGGCUCAGUGGACGAGGUCUCCUGCUGUGUGGAUGCAGUGCUGAAUGAGAUAGGGGAGCUCUACUCCUCUGGAGCCUCAGCACCAGGACCCCAGACCCCUCAGAGGCUUAGCGUCAGACGUGGCAGCCCGGGCAGUCAGAAUGUCGUCACAGCCUUCCACAGGAGGGCCACCAGUCCUUUACUGGAGCACCGGCAGGGGUCUUGGGACAAAGACCCAGUGAUGAUGAUGGUGCCACCACAGGGGUCACCUAAAACAUGGAGAGAAAGGUUAGCUCCUUGCCAACCCGAACCAGCCGACCAGGAGAAUUCCGACCACAGCUCAGACGUGCCCUCUUCACGACCAGGGCCAAGUCAAGCCAGCCUUUCCUACCUUGAGCAAGGGUAUGCCCAUGACUGCCCCAGCACCAGCUCCCUGUCGUCAGGCCACAGCUCCAACACUCUGGACCGGGACGCCAGGUACCGCUCGGUUAAGGCCAGGCUAUGGCAGAGUGGCUGGGCCUCGGCAGGCAUGCAACACAGUGUGAGUGGAGAUGGGGGGUGGAGUGAGGAGAACGGCUGGAGUGAAGAAGACAUCUACUCCUGUCAGAACAGUGGGGAGGAGGUGGAGGACCACUGUGCAGGGCCAGGUGGCUGGGACAGGUACACCACAGGAGAGACCAGCAGCACCCCAGGCCAGUCAUCCCACAGCAGCUCAGAGCACCUGUCCCUGCUGUUCGGCAUCCACAAGAACUCCCCCUCCAGCUCGUCCAGUGUGGUGGACUGGCGGCACCCCAGGCAGCAGGGCAGCAAUGGACACUUAGUGUGUGACUGUUCAGCCAACUGCCCAUACUCUCGGAGCUCCGGCUACCACACAAUGGACGCCUAUGCUGAUGUGGGGAGCUGUGGGCCGUCCAGGAGCAUGAGUCGCUCCACUGUGCUGCUCACAGACUGUGAUGAUGGCUACCUGGAGCUGCACUCCCCCAAUGACCGCUAUACGUCCUCUGCUGACACCCUGGAUGUGGGAUCCGUUGAGAGCCUGGACAGGGAGUGGACUGAACAGUCUGUCCCAAGAGACGAUGCAGGAGAGUGGGGGUCGGGGAACCUGCCUAGCCCUGAGCCUGAGAACACCCAGCUCCUCAAUGUGGGAUUUGAUGUGAAAAGCAUUGGGAAGGCUGUGCUCACCUUUAGGUCUGCUCUGAAAGGGGCUCUGAGGAAGCUGGAGGGAUCAAGCCCGGAGCCUGGCAACGAUGACAGUGAGUCAGAAGCAGCUCCCUCUCCUGUCAGACCUUGUUCCCCUGAACCCCCGGAGGGAGAGAUCACUAUGCCAACUGAUCACGUUCGCCCUGCGUCUCCACUGGAAGAGUACAGCGAGGCCUCAAUCUAUGUGGACUGCAGCCCAGCCCAAGAGAACCUGCCUUGCUCCCUACAAGCAUCCCCAAAUGAAAGGACUCACUCCCCCUGCACCCCUACCGAGUAUCAUUCCAUGGAGCAUUUAGAGAGCCAAGGAGAGUAUCAGACUGAUGGAGAACUGUCCAACCCAGAGCUGACACCAGACCACAGUCCUCCAGGAAGGGCUGGGAAGAGUUCAGCAGAUUUUAACAUCAGCCCAGAGAGGAUAGGGUUAAGUCCAACAGGGUUAAGUCCAAUAGGAGAAGACCACGAUGGAGCUGAUCAGGAUGAGUUUAGAGAACAGGAUGUUGUUAGCCCUAAGAAGGAACGCCUUGCUAAUCUGCAGCGCAUCCUGAAAGAAAAGAGACAGAGAUGUAAACUUUCCAAAACUUCCCAAGGAUCCCAGUCCAUGUUCUCUGAGGAGGAGUUCAAUCCAGAUGGCAGCAGAGAAGAUGACCAGGGACGAGAUGAUGGACCCAAAUCCAGACAAGCUUGGAUCAAACCAGGCGGUGGAAGUGGUUUGUUUGGGAUUGACAGCAUGCCAGACCUUCGUAAGAGGAAGCCAAUACCUCUGGUCAGUGACGUGGCUAUGUCACUGGUCCAGGCUAGAAAGGCUGGAAUCACCUCUUCCAUGGCCGCGCGCUCCUCCGUCAAAGACGAGGAGCUGAAGAACCAUGUUUAUAAGAAGACUCUACAGGCUCUGAUCUACCCCAUCUCCUGCACCACGCCCCAUAACUUUGAGGUGUGGACGGCCACCACGCCCACCUACUGCUACGAGUGCGAGGGGCUGCUUUGGGGCAUCGCCCGCCAGGGCAUGAGGUGCUCCGAGUGCGGGGUCAAGUGUCACGAGAAGUGCCAGGAACUGCUGAAUGCUGACUGCCUGCAGCGUGCUGCGGAGAAGAGCUCCAAGCAUGGGGCUGAGGAUCGUACCCAGAACAUCAUCAUGGCCAUGAAGGACCGCAUGAAGAUCAGGGAGAGGAACAAGCCGGAGAUCUUUGACGUGAUCCGGGAUGUCUUUGUCGUCAGCAAGGCGAUCCACGCUCAGCAGAUGAAGACCAUCAAACAGAGUGUACUGGACGGAACCUCCAAGUGGUCGGCCAAGAUCACCAUCACAGUGCUGUGUGCCCAGGGACUGCAGGCCAAAGACAAGACGGGUUCCAGCGACCCCUAUGUCACGGUCCAGGUGGGCAAGACCAAGAAGAGGACCAAAACCAUCUACGGCAACCUCAACCCUGUCUGGGAGGAGAAGUUCCACUUCGAGUGUCAUAACUCGUCGGACCGCAUCAAGGUGCGUGUAUGGGACGAGGACGAUGACAUCAAGUCCCGGGUGAAGCAGCGUCUGAAGAGGGAGUCCGACGACUUCCUGGGUCAGAGCAUCAUCGAGGUCCGCACGCUCAGCGGAGAGAUGGACGUCUGGUAUAACCUGGAGAAGAGGACCGACAAGUCAGCCGUGUCCGGCGCUAUCCGUCUCCACAUAAGUGUGGAGAUCAAGGGAGAGGAGAAAGUGGCUCCCUAUCACGUUCAGUACACCUGUCUACACGAGAACCUCUUCCACCACUCAACGGACGUUCUGGGCCAGGGGGUGGUGAGGAUCCCAGAUGCCAAAGGAGAUGAUGCCUGGAAGGUGUACUUUGACGAGGUGGCCCAGGAGAUAGUGGACGAGUUUGCCAUGCGAUACGGGAUCGAGUCCAUCUACCAGGCCAUGACGCACUUCGCCUGCCUGUCCUCUAAGUACAUGUGUCCUGGCGUUCCGGCGGUGAUGAGCACCUUGCUGGCCAACAUCAAUGCCUUCUACGCUCACACCACCGCCUCCACCAAUGUCUCCGCCUCUGACCGCUUCGCCGCCUCCAACUUUGGGAAAGAGCGCUUUGUCAAGCUCUUGGAUCAACUCCACAACUCCUUGCGCAUUGACCUCUCCACAUAUAGGAACAACUUCCCUGCCAGCAGUAAGGAUCGUCUCCAGGACCUGAAAUCCACUGUGGACCUACUGACCAGCAUCACUUUCUUCAGGAUGAAGGUCCAGGAACUGCAGAGUCCCCCCAGAGCCAGUCAGGUGGUGAGGGACUGUGUCAAGGCCUGCCUCAACUCCACCUACGACUACAUCUUCAACAACUGCCAGGAGCUGUACAGCCACCAGUACCAGCUGCUGGACACACACAAAGAGGAUCUUCCCCUGGAGGAGCAGGGCCCAAGCAUCAAGAACCUGGACUUCUGGCCCAAACUGAUCACCCUUAUAGUCUCCAUCAUAGAGGAGGACAGGAACUCCUAUACACCCGUGCUCAACCAGUUCCCUCAGGAGCUGAAUGUGGGGAAGGUGUGUGCUGAGGUCAUGUGGGCGCUGUUCUCUCAGGACAUGAAGUAUGCCAUGGAGGAGCAUGAGAAACACCGGCUGUGUAAGAGUGCUGACUACAUGAACCUGCACUUCAAGGUCAAGUGGCUGUACAACGAGUAUGUGAAGGACCUGCCAAACUUCAAAGGGGUUGUACCCGACUACCCAUCGUGGUUCUUACAGUUUGUGCUGCAGUGGCUGGAUGAGAAUGAAAGUGUUUCCAUGGAGUUCAUGCAUGGAGCUCUGGAGAGAGACAAGAAAGAUGGAUUCCAGCAGACAUCUGAGCAUGCUCUCUUUUCUUGCUCGGUGGUGGACGUCUUCACCCAGCUCAACCAGAGCUUUGAGAUCAUCAAGAAACUGGACUGUCCUGACCCAAAGGUCAUGGCCCACUACAGCCGACGAUUUGCCAAGACUAUUGCCAAAGUUCUUCUGCAGUACAGUGCCAUUCUGACCAAGAGCUUCCCCUCCUACUCUGACAAAGAGAAGAUCCCCUGUGUACUGAUGAAUAACGUGCAGCAGUUGCGUAUCCAGCUGGAGAAGAUGUUUGAGUCCAUGGGUGCCAAACAGCUGGACACAGAAGCCAGUGACCUCCUGAAUGAGCUUCAGGUCAAGCUGAACAAUGUGCUGGAUGAGCUGAGUACCACGUUUGGAAACAGUUUCCAGGUCCGUAUUGAUGACUGUAUGAGACAGAUGGCCUCUCUGCUGUACCAGAUCAAGGGCCCAGUCAACGCCAACAGCCGCAACAUGGUGGAGGCCGACUCCGACAACAUGCUACGGCCACUUAUGGACUUCCUGGAUUCCAAGUUAACGCUGUUUGCCACAGCGUGUGAGAAGACUGUUCUAAAGCGGGUUCUGAAAGAGCUGUGGAGGAUUGUGAUGAGCAGCCUGGAGAAGACCAUCGUCCUGCCCCAAGGAAACGACACCUUCGGGGCCCAGAUCCUGUCUGCAGCCAAGGAACUGGGGCAGCUCUCCAAGCUCAAGGAUCACAUGGCAGGAGAGGCCAAAAGCCUGACCCCUAAACAGUGUGCUGUCAUGGAUAUAGCACUGGACACAAUCAAACAAUACUUCCAUGCAGGAGGGAACGGUCUGAAGAAGGCGUUCCUGGAGAAGAGUCCUGAGUUGACCUCACUACGCCACGCUCUGUCCCUCUACACGCAGACCACAGACACGCUCAUCAAGACCUUCGUCACAACACAACACACACAAGUGCACAAUGGGAAGGGUAUUAGGUUAACUCCCAACGAAAAAAUACAACCCUCCAGGGGGUCAGGAGUGGACAAGCCGGUGGGAGAGAUAUCCGUUCAGAUCGACCUAUUCACCCACCCUGGUACUGGGGAGCACAAAGUCACUGUCAAAGUGGUGGGAGCCAAUGAUCUGAAGUGGCAGACGUCUGGGAUGUUCCGGCCCUUUGUGGAGAUCACCAUGAUUGGACCCCACCUCAGUGACAAGAAGCGCAAGUUCCAAUCCAAGUCCAAGAACAACAGCUGGGCGCCCAAGUUCAACGAGACCUUCCACUUUAUCCUAGGUAACGAGGAUGGCUUUGAGUGCUACGAGCUGCAGAUGUGUGUGAAGGACUACUGUUUUGGCCGUGCCGAUCGGGUGGUGGGCAUGGCUGUGAUGCAGCUGCGGGAUGUGGCAGAGAAGGGCAGUGUGGCGUGCUGGUGCCCCCUGGGUCAGCGGGUCACCAUGGACGAGACAGGCCUCACCGCCAUGCGCAUCCUCUCCCAGCGCUCCAACGACGAGGUGGCCAAGGAGUUCGUCAAGCUCAAGUCUGAGAUACGCUCUGAGGAGGAGGGCAGAUGAGGUCUCCCUGAAGGAGGGGUGUGAAGGGCCUCUAGUAAAGUGGGAAGUAAUAGGAGCACAUUGACUACUACUACUUUGGACUAAUAAUGUCCCCUGGCUGCUACUGGCUGUUUGAUGGACACUGGUUCACCAUUACACUGUCACUCACUGUGUGUUUCUCAGACUCCCAUUUUGUGUCCCUCACUCCCUAUCUCCUACACAGACGUAGUUAGUUUCUCUCUCACUCAAUGGUUAUUAGACACAAUCUCACACGAUAUUGUACUUACUGUGGGUUGGCCAGUCUGGCACUAUGGACAUGCCAUGGGCGCUAUAUGCCAAUCAAUUCCUGCCAGCCUGUAUGCACUUCAGCACAGGGUCUCCCCCUCACCCCACAAUCCCCACCAGUGUUCAUGUGCAAUACCCCCCAACUGUGGCCAUAUGUUUGAUGCCUUACACUUUAGAAGCUGUGAAUGUGUGAAGUUCAGACAGAAAACUGUAACUGUAGUAGAAAGCUGUUUAUCUUCCUCAAUCUCUCUUUAGUGUUCUUCAGGAUCCAUGUUCAAAUCUCAUUGAUGCCACUAUUCGGGUCAAAACGCAGGAUGUCAUUGUUUGUGUUUUGGUCGAAGUAGAUUCACCUGGUUUCUAUCGUUUGGACUUCUACCACAUGUCAAGUACCCUACUCCUAAAUAUAGUGUACAAAUCCAGUUUUUUUUCCUGUAGAAAAGUGAAGUGUGUUUUUUUUGUAUUGAAAUUAGUGCCGUGUGGUGGUUCUGAAGUGAGUUUUACAUUUGACUCUCCCCCCUAUUUUUUUGACAUGAGGUACUGUAACGGCAACAGCACUCAAUAUAAAGGGUUUGUAAGUUGUGUGCCUUGUCAGGUGUUGGACUUCUAUUCAUAACCCAUUAGUCCCAUACAGUGUUAACAAUGCACUUUGAAUGAGAAUUACUGUAAUACUUUUUAGUCUAAAUUGUCAUAAAUGUUGUUAAUGCAAAGGGCUGCCUUCUAUCCAGAGAGAAACCUUCCUUUUAAGGAUAGAGAGUGGUGAGCACUUUUUAAUAUGGACUAUUGCUUCUUACAUCAAAAAACGACAAUAGUGUAUGUAGGGCCCUGUCUUGAACUUAGUAAUCACUGCUAAAUAACCCUGUUGAAUACAACAUUUUACAAACAUUUGGCUAAUGUUGCCAACCCUCAAUGACAGCCAUUUUAUUUUUAGUUUUUAUGUAUUUAUUCUGUAUGUAGAGUCUGGUCUACUUUGCAAACAGAGGGCUGCUAGAUGGCAUUUGAGUAUAGUUUUGAAUAGCUUUUUACUGCAGUUUUCUAGCAGGACCCUACAGAUACUAAGUGGACCUAGAGGGGCUUUUGGGACCAGAGGAGUUUAAACAAUUUUCAUCUCAGAUGAGGGAAAGGCUAGCCUCGUAUGGUUCGUAACGAGGCUAGGAAAAGGCAGUCCAAGCCCUCGGUUUGCAAAUAUUUUCCUGCUAUGUUUCCUUGUAUCUCUGAGUGGCCUUACAUUGGUGAUAAUAGAAGAUUUCUAUAUACAUGUUUUUACCCCCCAUUUUCUGUGUAUUUCUUUUCUCACAACGAUGCAGAGAGUUGGUCAAUUUGACCUGAAUCAACCGUAUCAGACUGCUGUUACUUUAUUUUUGUUUUUAAUUGUAUUGGAGGAUUUAUAUUUGUUUAGAUGUAGUCAUUUUCUUAGAUAUAGUAUUUAUAUUUUUGUUGUUUUCCAUUUUGAUCCCUCUUAAAAAAAUGUUGGAAUGAUGUGGAGAUGUUCAGUACGGUAUCAUGAGUUCUGUUGGAUCUACAGUAUACAGUAAGGGGUAAUGCAUGAGUUCUGUUGGAUCUACAGUAUACAGUAAGGGGUAAUGCAUGCCUGUCAUAUCCCUGAUAGAAAUGAGAACAUAUCACUCCUAACAAAAAUAUUUAGCGAUUUGUCAAGUUACACUGCCGUUGUCCAUACAAUAAUAGUCAGUUUGAUAUUCACACAAAGAAGAAAACUGCAACAUCACACACUGUUAAAGCUAUGUCUGGGCUUUAUAUGCAGUAUCUACAGUACCAAUGUGAAUACAUCUUUUUGGCUGUUGAUUUAGGGGGAAAAGUCUACUUCUAAGGAGGGCACUGCCACUAAGAUACAUGUUCCUUGUGCCAAGCUGUGCAAGUGUUCACUUUUUAUCGUUUCAUUACAUUUUUUUAAUACAUAUUUUUUAAAUCUUGUGAACCAUUGCACUAUAAUUAAAUCACUACAAUAGUUAGUUAGCACGUGUUGUAUGUCUGAGUAACUGGACUUUUGUGAAGUUUUAUUUGUAUUUUGCAACUGGAAAGAUCAUGGUAUUGAUCAUUAAAAUGUGUACAUUACAAUUUAUUAAUUUUGUAUAAAGUAUUUAAGAAAUAGCUA